UGUUCGAGCUGGAAAGACCGUUUUUCCACGGGCUACCUACAAUCGGCGUGAGAGGCGCGAAGAAUCAGGUGCACCGCGCGGGUUCGUCGUUUUGCCCUAUUGUUCUCGCGAAGCGACAAGUGACGUGACGUUGUGGGGCUCGGCGUGUGUGUGUUGGUGUAUGUGUACAUGUUGCUGUUUCAUGGAACGUGACAUUGUUUCUGGUUCACUGUUCAACUAGAAACAAACAAAAAAAAAAGCUGGUAUCGAUGCAGAGAUUAUUUGAACGUGAGAAUUCGAGGUUAUCCGACAAUGGUGAAUAGAAAACAAACGAUUAGCAAGUCAAAAAACAAAGAGCAAGCCAUAAAAUUGAAAGUGAAGUGUCCGGCGGCCCCUGUGUUAAGGAUUAUUAUGCUCGAUAGUGCUUGGUGAGACCGACCUUGCAGAUCAAAGUGAGAAAGCAAACAAAAACUUAAGGACUAUAAACAAACACGCAGAGGAUCCGGGCAGAAGUGGAGCAAUCGUGUAGAAAAAAAAAAUUAUGUGAAGCUGCGUGUGAGUGCGCGAUGAAGAAAUUUAUCACGACCAAAUUGCACGCAUCGGUGAACGAAAAUCAAGAGUCAAAGCAAGAGGAGAAGAAGGAGGAGAAGGAGGAGGAAGCAACAAGGUACGGAGAAGCAGAGGAAAAAGAAACGAAAGAAAAUUCAUCACCAUCAUCAUUAGCAUUAUCAUCGGCAGAAGCAGCAGCAACAGCAGCAGAGGUAACAGUCAUGACAUUGAAUUCAACCUCCAAUGAAUACAGCGACGGAAUGACAGUGGCGGUUCCGUCGGAUUUACCGGGAAAGCAUCAACAGCAGCAGCAGAAACAGCAACAGAAUGGGAUUAUUACAAUUACCAAACCCAAACCACCAACCGUGAUGCACCAUAGCACAACGUCUCCCGCUGCACAAGUCAAGAUGUGCGGCUACCUCAAGAAGAAAAGAAAUAAGAUGGGCGGCUGGCGGAAGAUGUACUUCAUCCUGCAGAACCAACUGCUGCUCUCCUACUCAUCGAAAGACGACUACGAGAAGAAGCUUGCCCCCUUCAAGGACAUUAUCAAUCUGGUGCCGGGGACCGUCAUCAUACCGACCACCGGGCCCCGGUUCACCAUCGAAACCAACUCCAAGGUGCUGUACACGUUCCGUUGUGAUGAUCAUAAAGGUUGUUCCGAGUGGAUAACUGCACUGCUCGACAGUCUCAAAGGUGACGGCAGCGGUAGCGAUAAAAAGUACAGUCAAAGUUUGCACGGCGGCAAUCUGCAUCCCCAGCUGGCCCGACGCUCGAUGUCCUCGCUUUCGUCCUCGUCCUCUUCGGGUUCCUCCACGCGAUCCACCGCAGCAGCGGCGGCGGCGGCUGCGGCUAUCUGCUACGCCACGGACGAUCCCUCCAAGAUGACCAUCAGCUCCAUCCGAAGGUUACAUCCGCUACUGGCCGACUCGACCCGGCAGGCGUCCCUCUCGACACCGAAACUGUUUUACGGGUUCGCCAGUAAUGGCACGGGAGGUGGCAACAUCGUCAGCAGUAAGGCAAAAGUGGGCGGCAAGUUGGUGCAGCUGCCGAUUGCCGGGGGCACUGCGCGAUUGCUCGAGCGUGGCGGGGUCAAUAAUGGGCCGAACAAGUACCAGAUACUCACCAUCAACGAGGUGGAUGAUGAUGGGGAAAACGAUGAAAAGCCGACAGCAGUAGCAGCGGCGGCCCGUGAUAUCAGUAACGGUAAUAGUAGCAGCAGAGGGGACCCAGGGAUCAAAGUGUCGACCCAAACCCAAGGCAGCGGAAACUUGAGGGAACGGAUCGACGAAGUGGAGGGCAACGACGGCAGCGGCGGUGAGACGGGAGAAGGAAAGAACGUUAAAAGCAGAUCGACACCAGUCACUACAACGGCGGCUGUGAAUAGAAGCACUAGUGAACAGAGCGUGGGAGCUGUCGGCAGCGGAAGUGGUGGUAGCGGCAGGAAGAAGAGCACGGCGGAAGCCACCGCAGCCCUACUCAACAACAACAACUUCCGACUGCACACCAAUCUGGGGAAAAUGCAUCAGUCCGUUGAGGUGUGUCGGAUCAACAGUAUGUUCGGCAGACAGAAAUCAACCGCGGGAAAAAGAUUGAACGCCGGAGGAAUCGGCAGUGCCACCAAUAACAGUGAUAGUAAUUGCAGUUUGGCCGCGAGUAUCGGAGAUUUACGCCCCAAUAAAGCCGCCGGCGGUUAUCAUCUCAGCUGCAACAACAACCAUCGCGAAAUCAUAGCCUCCGCGGCCCAACUUGUUGGGGGCAGUGCGAAAGAUCUUCGCAGAAGCAGCAGCAGCCCGCCCGGCAGGCCCGAUCUGCCGCUGUUGCCGGCGACGACGAUGAUGGCGGAACCGAAAUCACUCACCGAUGUCAACCACAACAGUUUGUCCAAGUGGAGCGCGGAAAGUAUAACCAUCGAGCUGACGGCGAGCGGUUUCACCCUAGGCGGGAGUAGAUGUGCCGGUUCGACGGAUACGCUGAACCGAAAAACGAGCGAUGAAUUCGCCGCACUGAAGAGUCGCAGCAGAAGCAACAGCUGCACUAGCUACCUGCACCUCACUAGUCAUCGGUUCAGCAGCAAAACGGACCUCAACCGGACUCCGUCGGCGGGUGGAGGACAAUCGCAAAGCCGCAAUAAAGUUGGAUCCAAGCGGAACAUCUACGAGGAGUUUAUGGCACCGCCACGCAGGGCAAAUUCAGCCGAAGACGGUCACUCGCUGGCAUCGGAGCCAAUCUACGCGGUGGUUGACUUGAAGGUCAAGAAAGCUCGCAGACUGAAUCAGCUCAACAGUAGCUUCAGGGAGCAGCAGCAGCACGAGGAAAGUGAGACUGAAGAUGAACCACAAAAGUCUGACCAAACCAUCAAGGCGGACAUGAUGCGAGACAAGGAAACCGGGAGACUCAAGGAGAGAUCAAAAUCAAGCGCCAAUGAUAAGGCUGGCGUUACACCAAUGACUAGCAACGAUUAUGAGGAACUCAAUGAACUGACCAUUGAAAAUAUAGCCGAUUUUGAGGAUAGCUCGGAUGAAGCUGAGAAUAUAUACGAGCCGAUCAACAUUCCCGAAGCACAGCUCUCGUCCUCCUCGACGUCACUGCCCUCGCCGCAGCAAACCGCGGGCGGUUCCUCCCAGAUGAACAAUCUCUGGCGCAAUCUGAAAAAAAUGAAUCUCAACCAUCUGAUCAAACGAUCCACCCAAGAUCACCAUCAAACUCCCGCCAAAGACACGGAGGACUUCUCCGCCAAAGCAUCCCCACACCCCACAGCAUUCAGCGAGCUGAGCAAAAAGUUUGGCCAUCACCGUCGAUCCAUCAAAAACCGAAUGCGGAUUCUGUGCGACCGGAGUCAAUCCUCGGACGGGCCCAAGCUGUCCCAAUCGGAUGAGAAGCUGCGAAAAAAUUCCGCCAACGGACAACGGCAACAGCAGCAACAACUGUUGCUCGGUAAUGGUGCCAGUGGUGGUGGUUCCUUCGGGAGGAACAAGAAAUCGCGCAAAUCGCUCUCAUUAGAUGAUUUCCUGCCGCGAAAAAAACACCACCAGCAGCAGCACAUGGGGAACAUCGGGGUCGGGGUGCUUUCCAAGACGGACAAGGUCAACGAUAAGCUGCACAAGGAGCUGAAGCGACAGCUGUCGAAACGAUCCGACCGAGCCAACGGUGGCAGUAGCAGUAUCGAACUCUAGAUCGAGGGGUGAGUGUGUUGCGGUCUGCUCUUUUUAAAAUUUUUCAAUCAUUACACAAUAAAAACCUGUCAAUAUUUAGUCAUUAUUUUAGGGAACAAAAUUCAUAUUUAUUUUUUUAAAGCGAUAUCUGUUGGAUAUGUGUAAGAGUAUGGGUAGACACUCACUUGAAGAAAUUUUCCUUCUGCAUCUCCGGCUCAGGGGCGGAGGAAAGAAAUUCAUCAAUCCUGAAAAAAAUAUGUUUGGAAAGAAGAUUAGAUUUCGUGCCCUCAUCCAGGUUGCCUUAUCCUUAUGUAGUGUUAGACAUUAGAUUAAAUAUAGCGAUAGAAAUGAGAA